CCAACGUGGCAUUGCGCAUGCGUUAGAAGUUUCCGGUGUUUGACUUCCUGUAAAAAUGUCCAACAUGUCAAUGCAACGUCUACUUCUUGUUUUUAUUAGCUUUACAACCGUUUCUGGCCUUUAUUUUCACAUCGGUGAAACAGAAAAGAAAUGCUUUAUCGAAGAAAUUCCAGAUGAAACAAUGGUUGUGGGAAAAUAUAAGGUUGAGAUAUUUGACAAAAAUGUCAAUGAUUAUGUACCAACAGUUCAAGGUCUUGGAAUGCAUGUGGAAAUUAAAGAUACUGAUUCAAAAGUUAUUCUAUCACGGACAUAUGCCUCAGAAGGAAGAUUUACAUUUACCUCACACUCUGCAGGUGAACAUGUCAUUUGUCUACAUUCUAACUCCAGUGCCUGGUUCUCUAGUGGACAGUUGAGAGUACAUUUAGAUAUCCAGGUCGGUGAACACGCUGUAGAUUAUCAACAGAUUCAAGCGAAGGAUAAACUGUCGGAGCUACAGCUUCGCAUCAGACAACUGCUAGAUCAGGUUGAACAAAUAACAAAAGAACAAAAUUAUCAGAGAACACGGGAGGAAAGGUUCCGCCAUACAAGUAUCAGCACCAAUCAGAGAGUUUUCUGGUGGUCAGUGGGUCAAACUGGAGCACUAAUAGUCAUUGGUUUGUUGCAAGUUCGACAUCUGAAGAAAUUUUUUAUCUCUAAGAAACUUGUGUGAUGCUCAUACAUAGUUUGUCAUUAAUUUAUGUUUCUAAGUCAUUAAUUUAUAAAUCUAAAGUUAAUAAUAUAAGAAAUAUUUCAGUUAAUGUUAUAAUCUUUGAAAAAGGUUUUCUAAAUAAAUUGGUGUUUCUUGUUGUAAUUAACACAUUUUUCCAUUAAAAGUGACAGGUUUUUCAAACCAUGAUUUAUAUUUUGGCAUCUGUUUCCCUUAUUUUACUUACUUCUAAAAACUGUUUUUAUAACGUGAACAAAUGAAUAGAAAUUUUUAUUUAGAAUGAACUGGGAUUUUGCCAUAUUUGUACAGGACAUGUGUAUUUAAUAAAAGAAACAUGUUGUAACUGUUAAAAGUAAAGUUUGGAAAUGGAGUGUAUGACAAGUAUAAAUGUAGGUAGUUGAACUGAGGAGAAGUGAAUGUGUUCUAGUGAUUUAUGAACGUUAUUGUACAUUGAUGUAUUUUUUGAUGUCACACUAUUUUAAUUAUUGAACACCGCUCAACUAUAUCAACCUGUAUGCAGCUUGUUUGUACAAAAUUGACAGUUACCAUGGUAACAAAUUGUAAAUUAUUUGGAUUUUUUCAGAAGUUCUUUAUUCGAACAAAAGGCUAAAGUUUGGUAAAUUUAUUGAAUUAAGAAUAAAAAUAUUUUUGUGACUUAUCCAUUGUAUUAUAUUGGAUUUAAAAUAUUGGAAUUUUAUUUUUUUGGUAUCUUUAAAAUUCUAUGAAGAUAAUUGUAUGCAUUUAUUUUGAAAUGCCACUGUCAAGUAUAGGGUUGAAUUCUGGCUGUUUUUACAUUAUGUAUGGUGGUAUGUGAAUAAAUUUGUACAUAGUAACAUGUAUAUUGUUGUUACCGUAGAUUUAUUUAUGGUUAGAGGUGUAAUUUUGUGUGUAGUUUUUUUUUGUAUAUAGAUUUAAAACAUAAUGUUUUUGUGACAGUGACUUGGUUUAACAGAUUCAGUUUUGGAAAAGUAAAAUAAUAUUAUCUGGUAUAAAUUAAAUAAUAUCCACUCUGGUAAAUACAUGUAAUUGGCUUAAGUGAUGGUAAAUAUAUUAAAAUGUAAACAUUCAUUUAUUAACAGUAUAGAUUCUGGUCAGACUAUGUUGAACAUAGUAUUGUACUUAUUACAAAUGAAAGUCAUUCAAUCAAUAAAAUCCAGAGUGUUAACAAACUUGCUUUUAUUUUACUUUUUUUAAAGAAUUGUUUCUCUCUUUUUUCUGCAUAAUGAAAGAUUUACCCAGUUUUGACCUUACACAAUUCAUUUGUAAUUUGUUUUUUGAACCACAAUUACAACAAAAAAUGAUUUUACUUUAUUUUCUUUUUGUUUUGGAAAAUUCUAAGAACUCGAUAAAGCGUGAAAUACAUGUAGAUAUUACAUUAAUAUAACUUUGAAGUAGAUUCUAGUAAACUAUUUACAUUUUUUUUUUAUUAAAUAUUCUUUUCUAUUUCAUUCAUGAUUUUAAUGUGUACAAGACAAAUGAAAUAAAAUGGAAAACAAUUAAAAA